UGAUAAUCUUUGGCGGCAAUUUCAUUUUAAAAACAUGCGCUAGGUCUAGAGGAACAAUGGUUACAAAAUUUAGUGUAUGAGAUGAUCGUUUCAAGAACUGGGAAGAUUGUAGGUGAGGAAAAGCAUGCAGAUUAUCUGCAAAUUAUAGGAUAGACAUUGAGGUUUUGUGAUUAAAAAUAAAAAAUAAAAACAAUGCCUGUUGAGGAGGUGAUAAAGACAGAUGAGAAGAGGAAUGUGUUGGUUGGGAUUCGAAUCGAUAACUAUAGUAGAGAUCUUCUCAGCUGGGCACUUGUGAAAGUUGCUGAACCAGGAGAUUGUGUGGUUGCCAUUCAUGUUUGUCGAAAUUCCGAUCAAGCUUCAAAGAGUAAGCCGUUAUUGGAUACUUAUUUAGAAGUAUAUAAAGGCCUAUGUUCUGCCAGAAAGGUAGACCUUAUAGGUAAAAUCUUUUCAGGAAGUUCGGUUCGAAGAAUUUUGGUUAGAGAGGCAAAAAACUAUGCUGCUAUAGCCCUUGUUGUGGGGAUGAGCAGGAGAAAUAAACUUGGUCGUUGGUCUUCUCCAGCUAGAUAUUGCACGAAAAGAUUGCCUCCAACCACUGAUGUUUUGGCCAUCCACAAUGGGAAAAUUGUCUUCGGAAAGGGCAAAAACAAUCACCUACUACCAGGUGUCAAUGGAGAUCCAAGACCAAGUCUUUGCUCAACUGAAAAUAUUAGUCCUAGAGAAAUCAAUUCUGAAUUUGGUGAUUCUGAAGCUGAUACUGAGAAGUCCAGUUUUGCACUGUGUUUGAACUCAGAAGAUGAAACAAGAGACAGUGAUACAGAUUCCAAGUACAGAAGUAUAAGUUUCGGGAAUGAUCGGAGGAGGAUGUCUUUGAGAUCUUCAUUUUUAGCGGAGGAUAUUAUGGAACAUAGACCUGGUUGGCCUCUGCUAGCCAGAGCUAGUUUAGGAACACUGGAGGCGAAGCUUGCUAGGAACUUGUCUGUGGUACAAUGGGUUAUGCACUUGCCUGAUCGUUCCCCGCAGCAAAGUCCUCGGUUUUCGACUAUUGAAGAGAAGGCGCCCUUGGAAAGACAGAUGAGUUGCAUUGUGGAUGAGAGUAUUAGGCAUAGUUCAUUAGAUGAACUACGAGAUGGCUUGAGGAUUCUCCUCGAAACAAACUCAUCUAGCUUUAAAUGGUUCAGUUAUGAGGUUCUGAAAUCUGCUACUUCUCAGUUCUCCUCAGAAAACAUGAUUGGGAAAGGAGGGUGUAACCGCGUGUAUAAGGGGAUUCUUCCGGAUGGCAAGCGUGUGGCAGUGAAGAUUAUGCAGUCAUCCAGAGAAGCUUGGAAGGAUUUUGCCCGUGAAGUUGAUAUCAUCUCAUCGGUGGAGCAUCGACAUAUCACUCCUCUGCUGGGGGUCUGCAUUGAAGAUACUGAUCUGAUUUCUGUUUAUGAGUUCUUGUCGAAAGGAAGCUUAGAAGAAUACUUACAUGGUAAGCUUAAGGAUAAACAAGUUUUGUCAUGGGAAGUGAGAUUUAAAGUAGCUGUUGGGAUAGCUGAAGCAUUAAAUUACCUGCACAAUGAAUGUUCAAGGCCUGUAAUUCAUCGUGAUGUCAAGACUUCAAACAUUCUUCUAUCAGACAGAUUUCAGCCUCAGCUAUCUGAUUUCGGCCUUGCUAUUUGGGGACCGACAAGUUCAUCCUAUCUGACUGAAGUAGACGUGGUCGGAACAUUUGGGUAUCUUGCGCCUGAAUAUUUCAUGUACGGUAAAGUCAGUGACAAGAUUGAUAUCUAUGCUUUUGGUGUAGUUCUACUUGAAUUGUUAUCAGGAAGAAAACCUAUUGGCUCUGAAGCUUCCAAGGGCCAAGAGAGCUUGGUUAUGUGGGCUAAGCCAAUGAUAGAGAAUGGGAAUGUGAAGAACCUACUUGAUCCUAAUUUGAAAGGAAAAAUAAAUGAAGUCCAAAUGCAGAGAAUGGUUCUUGCAACUACACGUUGUAUCACCAGGGCAGCUCGACUUCGCCCCAAAAUGAGAGAGGUUCUGAAUCUCCUGAAAGGUGACACAGAUUCUGCUAAGUGGGUGAACUCACCAAUCAAAGAAGAAAAUGAAGAUUUAGAUAACCAGGAUGUUAAUGAUGAUGAAGUCUAUCCACAUUCAAGUGCAGAGUUACAUUUGGGACUAGCAUUCCUUGAUGUUGAUGAUGAUUCAACAUCAUUUAGCAGUCUUGACAGAAGCAACAUUUUGUCCUUUGAGGACUACUUGAAAGGAAGAUGGAGCAGAUCAUCAAGCUUCAAUUAGCAUCACUUUCAUGCGCAAAUUUCACUUGUUUUUAGCCAAAAUUUACCGCAAGACUUGAAUUGUGAGACAUGUUUGUAUCGGUAGUUUUGUACAUAGGAAAAGAGAUAGGAAACAAAUAGCACCCAGUGUUGAGGUGGUCUAUAUUAAGAAAAUUUACCUGUACAAUUUUAUAUUAAGAAAUCUAGAAUAACGUUGUAUAUGGCAAUGCACAUAUGUCAACUUGAGGCAAAUCGUAAUUGCAAGCACUAGAGAUUUCAAUACUCGUAUUACUCUUGAAAAACAUUCUCUUGAAGAGCCACUCUUGAUCAUCAAACUCAAGGCGAUCCUUGUGAGAGUUGAGAGGUACCCAAUUCACAGUUAGUUCUCUAUAUAGAGACUUUUCACACUGCAAGCGAGUUUCCGAUGAUACACAAUUUGGCCUAG